AUGGAUCAAAGCUGCCAGGAAAAUGAGUACAAGGAUUCCUUACUUAAAAAAUGUGUGUCCUGCAAAUCACAAUGCAACCGAUCAUACGUGACCCCAAGAUGCACCGUUUACUGUGAGAUUUCAAAUUGUAAGGCACUGCCUGGCCACUACCAUGAUGGGCUGCUGAAGAAAUGUCUGAUGUGCGCUGAGGUUUGUGGAAGACAUCCAGCAGAAUGCUCCAAACACUGCCAGAACAUCCCCUCAGCUUCGCCACCUCCCAUGAUCACUAAAAAGCUCCUGGUUGUUACCUCGCACGUGCCAAAUCCCAGAGGGCCCUUGGUGCUGUCAGCCCCGGAUGACCCCACUAUUCUGCUGUACUCCCUGCUGGCCCUGUGCAUGGUGAUGCUGUUCUCUAGCUUGUUUCUAGCCUUUGUCGUCAUUCUGAGGGGACCCAGGGCCAAAACCUCCAAGCAAACACCCAAGGAGGCUGACCACAAGCAGGAGAGCGUGAUCCAGCUGGGCCAGGAGGUUGACCAGCCAGGGCAGAGACCCCAAGAUUUCAUAGCAAAUUCGAGCUGUCCCACUGACCGUGAGCCAUCGGAUGACUCCAGCCCCACUGAGACCUGCGUGUGUGUCCACUGUUUCCCUGAUCUGAAAGCACUAAGCCAGGGCAGUGACAGGCCACCGACAGCACCUUAUUCAUACUACCCUCAGGUUGUCCUCCACAGAGCCCAGACCCAAAACGGAGGGCCUCUCUGGACUGACGAGAACUUAUACACCUCUGGAGCCGAGGUGCAGGAGCAGGCUAAUUUGCUGUCUCACAGAGCGGCUGGAAUGACUGAAUGUGUCCCCAGUUCAUAGGAGAUUGUCAGCGUACUAGACUUUCAAUCAGACUGUCGAUACUCUCACAGCAUGCAGCUUUUUUUGGGGGGGAUUGUGAAAAUUAAACAACUUGUGUUAAAAGGGAUGAAUGCUCAUGUACGACCCUGUCAACCCCUCAACAAGCAGAAACAGCGGGAAUGCAUCAGCAAGAAUUAGUAUAACAAAAUGCCUCUCAUGCUAAAAGAAACACAAAAGUAAACAAGUGAAGGAUGUCUCUCCAUUAGAAAUAUUUCAAAAGCUGUUGUGUGGUUGAUUCAUAUUAAAUGUGACAAACUCAUUUAUAUUUUGCUCUCUGAUGAAGGCAUGCUGACAAAAUGUGGAUUUUGGUGCCAAAAGGCAGUGAAAAGCAUUCUUAGUAUCACUGAAAAUAGGGCAAUGAGUUGACUUAUGAUCAAGGUUUUGUGGAGCUUGAAAGGCAGCAAUGUGCCCCGACAACAAUCUGACAGCAAAGAACUGAUAAAGAUUAACAGAUGCACUGCCUCAUGACUUCAGUUAAAAGUUUCACUUGAACACAUCGCAAAGGCUACAACCGACUUUUAUAAAACAUCUAUGCCUGGUCCAGUUUAAUUAAAAAGAACAGGAAACAUCAGGGUACAAAUCAGACAACUAGUUGGAUGACACUGUGGAUCUCGUUAAAUUAUCUUGCCAAAUGCUUAUUGAGAAUAGAAACUGGAAGCAUGUCUGAUACAAAGUUGCUACUGGCACUGUAUAGUUUGGCUUUUUAACCCAUGAUCCUUUCAUUAUGAAACAACAAGGACACGGUGGAGGUGAAAACCAAGGAUGGAACGGGUGAAGUCAUUGCUUCACUGAACUGAACACUGACUUCCUCUGAUUCAACAAACCAAACGGCUGUGACAAAGACUGACUACUGCUAGUGGUUACACAUUCGAAAACUACAAGUUAUGGUUACCCACAUAAGCUCAACGAUGACCCAACACCAUCAGACUGCUAAACGUGAGAUCGCAUUUCCAUAAGGCAUAAUUUCGGAGAACUAUAUAUUGACAGGAAUAGUUGUGUGUCUGAACAUGUUCAUUGCAGUUGAGCAUACUAUAGGAGAGUAUUCUAGGUGACAAGACAAGUUACUCUUAACUUGUCUUGUCACUAUCAUUACUUUAGUCUAAAGUAAUUCAUUGGUAAUUUUUUAUACCACCACUGGGAGUCGCCAAAGUCAGAAGUGUUCAAGUUCCACUGAUUCCUCUGUAAGGGCUUCAUGUUUAUAACAACCAAAUCUAAAUUACAGGGCAGAGGCAUUUACUGUCUGCAGACAUGUAUAUGUGCAAGUGGUGGUACAAACAUGUAACUUGUGUAAGG